CUCGGGCGGGGCGCGGGGCCGGGGCCGCCCCGUCGGUGCGUGCCGGAGCCCAUGAAUUGCUCCGGGAGCGCCCGGCGAGGCUGCGCCGCGGCCGCGGGCUCCGGGCACCAUGCAGAAGAGCGUGCGGUACAACGAGGGGCACGCCCUGUACCUGGCGCUGCUGGCCCGCAAGGAGGGCACCAAGCGCGGCUACCUGGGCAAGAAGACGGCGGAGACCAACCGCUGGCACGACAAGUGGUUCGCCCUCUACCAGAACGUGCUCUUCUACUUCGAGGGCGAGCAGAGCGCCCGCCCCGCCGGCAUGUACAUGCUGGAGGGCUGCAACUGCGAGCGGGUGCCCGCUCCCAAGGGAUGCGCCGCGGGCAGCGCCAAGGAUGCCGCGCUGGACAAGCAGCAUUACUUUACUGUUCUCUUUGGCCAUGAGGGGCAGAAGCCACUGGAGCUGCGUUGUGAGGAUGAGGUUGAUGGAGAUGAGUGGGUAGAAGCUAUUCACCAAGCGAGCUACUCGGACAUCCUGAUUGAGCGGGAGGUGCUGAUGCAGAAGUACAUCCACCUGGUGCAGAUCGUGGAGACCGAGAAGGUGGCGGCCAACCAGCUCCGGCACCAGCUGGAGGACCAGGACACGGAGAUCGAGCGGCUCAAGUCAGAGAUUGUAGCGCUGAAUAAAACAAAGGAAAAAAUGCGACCUUAUCAAGGCAACCAGGAAGAUGAAGAUCCAGAUAUUAAAAAAAUUAAGAAGGUUCAGAGCUUUAUGCGGGGCUGGCUGUGCAGAAGAAAAUGGAAAACCAUUGUCCAAGACUAUAUUUGUUCUCCUCAUGCAGAGAGCAUGAGGAAGAGGAACCAGAUAGUUUUCAACAUGGUGGAGGCUGAGUCUGAGUACGUGCACCAGCUUUAUGUGCUGGUGAACUGCUUCCUGCGGCCCCUGAGGAUGGCAGCGAGCUCCAAGAAGCCACCCAUCAGCCACGAUGAUGUCAGCAGCAUUUUCCUCAACAGUGAAACAAUCAUGUUUCUUCAUGAGAUAUUUCACCAGGGCUUAAAAGCAAGAAUAGCCAACUGGCCUACCUUAAUUCUAGCUGACUUAUUUGACAUUCUCCUGCCAAUGCUGAACAUAUAUCAAGAAUUUGUUCGGAAUCAUCAGUAUAGCCUACAAGUGCUGGCAAACUGUAAGCAAAACAGAGAUUUUGACAAACUCUUGAAGCAAUAUGAAGCCAACCCGGCAUGUGAGGGCAGAAUGCUGGAAACUUUCCUUACCUACCCCAUGUUUCAGAUUCCCAGAUACAUUAUAACACUUCAUGAACUUUUGGCUCACACACCACACGAACACGUUGAGAGAAAAAGCCUUGAAUUUGCUAAAUCUAAACUAGAAGAACUUUCAAGAGUGAUGCACGACGAGGUGAGUGACACAGAGAACAUCAGGAAGAACCUGGCCAUAGAGAGGACCAUAGUGGAGGGCUGUGACAUAUUGCUAGACACCAGCCAAACCUUUAUCCGCCAAGGUUCCCUUAUCCAGGUCCCCUCAGUUGAGAGGGGAAAGCUGAGUAAAGUUCGCCUGGGCUCGUUGUCUUUGAAGAAAGAAGGAGAAAGGCAAUGCUUCUUGUUUACAAAACACUUCUUAAUUUGUACAAGAAGUUCAGGAGGAAAACUGCAUCUUCUUAAGACAGGAGGUGUUCUGUCUCUGAUAGAGUGCACACUGGUCGAAGAGACAGAAGCGAGUGAUGAUGAUUCCAAAGGUUCUGGGCAGGUGUUUGGACACCUGGAUUUCAAGCUGGUAGUGGAGCCCGCGGAUGCUCCUCCUUUCACUGUUGUGCUUUUGGCCCCGUCACGGCAGGAGAAAGCUGCAUGGACAAGUGACAUCAGCCAGUGCAUUGAUAAUAUAAGGUGCAAUGGAUUAAUGACAAUAGUGUUUGAAGAAAACUCCAAAGUCACAGUGCCACAUAUGAUCAAAUCUGACGCCCGUCUUCACAGAGAUGACAUCGAUAUUUGCUUCAGCAAAACGCUGAAUUCCUGCAAAGUCCCCCAAAUCCGCUAUGCCAGCGUGGAGCGCCUCUUGGAGCGGCUGACGGACCUGCGGUUCCUGAGCAUCGACUUCCUCAACACCUUCCUGCACACCUACCGCAUCUUCACCACCGCCGCCGUGGUCCUGGAGAAGCUCUCUGACAUCUACAGGCGGCCCUUCACCUCCAUUCCUGUCAGGUCUUUGGAGCUGUUCUUUGCCACCAGUCAGAACAACAGAGGGGAGUACCUGACUGACGGCAAGUCGCCGCACCUCUGCCGCAAGUUCUCCUCUCCUCCUCCCCUGUCCCUCUCCAGGACCUCCUCCCCCGCCAGGACCCGCAAGCUGUCCCUAACCUCCUCGCUGAACUCCAGGAUCGGUGCCCUCGACCUCUCAGCCUCGUCCGUGGCCAGCAGUCCUACCUCAAACUACAGCCCGGCCACGUCGCCGCCGCCCACGGGCAGCAAGGCGCCGCUGGACCUGAGCCGGGGGCUGUCGUCCCCCGAGCAGAGCCCGGGCUCGGCCGAGGACAGCCUGGAGAACCCACGCCUGGACCUCUGCAACAAGCUGAGGAGGAGCAUCCGCAGAGCAGUUCUGGAAACUGUGUCAGUGGACAGGACCAUUCCUGAGAGCACCUCAGUGGUGGACACUGCAGAGCUGUCCCCGUGCAGGUCCCCUUCGACGCCGCGGCACCUCCGCUACCGGCAGCCGGGAGUGCAGACUGCUGACAACAGCCACUGCUCAGUGUCUCCUGCUUCUGCUUUUGCCAUUGCCACAGCUGCAGCUGGGCACGGGAGCCCGCCAGGGUUCAACAACUCGGAGCGCACGUGCGACAAGGAGUUCAUCAUCCGCAGGGCCGCCACCAACCGCGUCCUCAACGUGCUGCGCCACUGGGUCUCCAAACACUCACAGGAUUUUGAGCUGAACAACGAGCUCAAAAUGAAUGUGUUAAAUUUGCUGGAGGAAGUUUUGAGAGACCCUGACCUUCUGCCACAAGAAAGGAAAGCUACUGCAAACAUACUGAGGACUCUUUCUCAGGAUGAUCAAGAUGAUAACCAUUUGAAAAUAGAGGAUAUAAUUCAGAUGCCAGACUGCCCCAAGCCCGAGUGCUUCGAGACGCUGUCGGCCAUGGAGCUGGCGGAGCAGAUCACCCUGCUGGACCACGUCGUGUUCCGCAGCAUCCCCUACGAGUAUAAGGGCAAAAAGAAAACUAUUACAAGUAUGCAGUGUAAACACACCUCACACUGUGUACCUGUAAAAGCCCCUGCCUCUCUCCGUGGCCAGAUGAGCAACCUGGUGGCCUCUCAGAUCAUGAGCUACGCCGACGUGCCAUCGCGGGCCAGCGCCAUCGAGAAGUGGGUGGCGGUGGCCGACAUCUGCCGCUGCCUGCACAACUACAACGGCGUGCUGGAGAUCACCUCGGCCCUCAACAGAAGUGCCAUCUACAGGCUCAAGAAAACCUGGGCAAAGGUGUCCAAACAGACAAAGGCACUCAUGGACAAGCUGCAGAAGACUGUGUCAUCUGAGGGAAGAUUUAAAAACCUGAGAGAAAUGCUCAAAAACUGUAACCCACCUGCUGUUCCCUACCUUGGGAUGUACCUGACUGACCUGGCAUUUAUUGAGGAAGGAACACCCAACUUCACUGAGGAAGGCCUUGUCAAUUUCUCCAAAAUGAGAAUGAUCUCACACAUCAUCAGGGAAAUCCGCCAGUUCCAGCAGACCUCCUACCGCAUCGAGCUCCAGCAGAAGGUCACUCACUACCUGCUGGACAAGACCCUCAUCAUCGACGAGGACACCCUGUACGAGCUGUCCCUGAAGAUCGAGCCGCGGCUCCCCGCCUGAGCCCCGCACAGCCCUGCAGACAGCUCUGGGACCACGCCUGCCGCCACCCAAACACAGCCAGAGGAACUCUGAGAACACAGUGCCAGCUCUCUUCUACAAUAAGAGAUACAGAGUCUCACUGCCUUUCCCUCUCAGGCAACACAAACCAGUGUUGGAGGUGAAAGGCAAACAGCUUUCCUACCCGGCUUAAGUGAUUUCUGCUUUGCAAAGAUCAUGUUUGGCACUAGGGACCACGAUUUCCUGGAAAUCAGGAGACUUUCCUGUGAACAGGCGCUCACUGCAGCCACCUCACGUGGCAAAUCAAGGGUACAGAUUUAAAUGGUGGUAAUAGACCCAGGUGUGUGAGGAUAAAUAAGCAAAGUGAGGUGGCUGGGCUGAUGGCUAACUAUGUGUUCUCUGAGGCAGUAAUGGCUGUGGUGUUCUCAUUGUGUUAAUUUCAUUGAAAAAGCAGGAUUUUAGCACUCAUCUACUGCUUUGGAGUGAUAUCAAGACCGCAUCUAGUAACGUCAGGUGUGCAGUUGUUUGAAAUACCUGCUGUACAUUUAAUGCUACUCGUUACAAAACAUUUCCUUUUUAAAUGUCUCGUCAGCCUUCUGUAAGGUGACUGAUUGUAUCUAUACAGAUGAUUUGUAAAUAUGUUUUCCAUCAGUGGGAGUAUUUACAGCAUGGAGAGAAAAUGGACUGGUGGAACAGUUGUAAAUAGUUGCCAGCUGGGAGGGUGAGGGACCCAGAGGGGUGGUGCAGGGGAUGGGGAGUUGUGUUGCACACAGCUCUGGAAGAGGCACCUUAUUUUCCUGCAUGAGUCAGGCUACAGAGCACACUCUGGACACACUGUGGAGAGAAAUGCAUGUCUGUCUGGCAGCAGGUGGUGAUCAGCAGUGAACACUUGGAGCUGCAGUGACAGUUUCGUUUUGUGUGGAAUCAGUGGUUUGAGAAACGUCUGUUUUUUGGUUUUUUGGUGUUUGUUUUUGUUUUUGUCCAGCCAUUUGGCGUUGAGUUAGCUGUAAAACUGACGUGUCAGUGGAAACAUUGAAUGCCAGCAAACACAAAGUAUGUAUUUUUGCAUACAGGUAGCUACCACUUGCUUUUGUUUGAGAAAAUGUGCUUUUUAUAAAUGUCUUCAGAGCCUCUGCUUUUGUGACAUACCAGGUGGACAGAUGUAAUUUCUACAGUAGUUGUUGUACUUCUUGUAUUUUCCUCAUCAAGAGUGGCCUGUUGUAGCUGCAUGGGAAGUGAGCUCAAAUGCUGUGAAGGGCAUCAUAGUACAAAACACAGGUGUUAGCACUGUUGAAAACAAAAAUUGGCUGGAAAAGUGUCCUUACUUUUCCAAUGAUCACUCAGCCAGUUGAAGAAAUAGGGCUAUAUCACCGUAUACCUCCCUUAAAUCCUCUCAGGGAGACAGAUGUUUAAAACAGAUUGUGACUUAGGCCUAUUUGAUCUGACAUAUCUUACACAGUCGUGAUGCUUCUUGACGCUGGCAAUGAAAAAUGGACCUGCCUGGCUUGUGGUUGUUGUCUUUAUUUGCACUUUAAUUACAUUGCUGGCCCAGCCCAGAGCUGCACAACGAGUUCCAUUUGUUCUGUCUGAGUGUGAGCGCCAGCAUCUACAAAUGUACCUUAGCAACUGUAAAUUUCAUUAAGGUCCUUCUCCACAAGGACCAUCUCCUUGUAAAUAACUGCAUGGGGAGGUGUCACAGAGACUGGAAAAUUCCUCCAUUAGAAAAGCAGACAGCAGGAGAGAAGGACAUGCUAGGAACACUUUAAAUAGUUCUGGCUGAUGACUGCUGUGGAAAUGUUACUUAUAGAAGCUUUUUGUUGUUAAAAAAAAAUGUGUUUGUUUCUUCUGGCUAAUGAUUGACAAGAAGCUGAUUGCAUCCCAGUGCAUGAUAUGAGGAGAAAAAGAAAAAGAGCAUGGUUUAUUUGGACCACAAAACCAACUGGCUGUGUAUUCUCUGUACAAAAGCAGUUACUGUUCAGUAGUUUCAUAAAACACUUGGAAGUAAUGGAGCAACAGAGAAAGCGUGGUCCAAAAUGUGAUUUCUGACGUUGUGUCUGUUGUUUCCUUGUUAGCAAAGAAAACGUGUUACAGCUGUCAGUGUGAGUGGGCAUCUCUGUUGUACGCUGUCAAGUGCUGCUUCACCUGCCUGUGCCCGGAUUUUACCAAAUCUCGAUGUUCUGAGGGUCGCAGGGUGCAGAUCCCGGUCGUGCUCCUGUCAGAGCUGCUUGCGGUGUGCUUGGCGCGUGUGUGUGCUCCGUGCAUUUCAGCGCUGGCUGGCAGGGCUGGGCCCGAGGGGCUGCGCUCGGAAUCGCUGGAAAUGGGCUCGUCCAGCCCCUCUGCGGUCCUGCUCACAUGCCAAAGGUUGCCUCUCGCCCCAGCGGCCGCUUGAGGUCAGAACCGGGAGAGUCGGAUGCUUUGAUCUGUGUUCGUAGCAACAGCAGCAAAACUGUUUAAAAAUUGUUAUGGUUACAGUAAUAAUGUGCGACUUGCUGAUGGCUUCAUGUCGAUGUUUUUGCUUGGGGAUACAAUGCUUUUGUUAAAGCGCAGGGAAAAGGGAGGACGCGCCCGGUCGCCCCCAGCCCUUGCAGCCCGCGGGCACAGCUGGCAGCAGCUGUUCCGCAGCUGGGUUGCGGGCUGCGAGCUGCACCUGCGGGCGGCCCGAGUGCCUGUGCGGGAGCCCUGCUGCCUGCUGGGGCUGUGCGAUGCCCGGCAGGCAGCAGCAGCGCCGCUCCGUGCGGGGCUGCGCCCGCUCCCGGAGCGAGCGGCGCGGGCACACAGCUGGCUCCGCGCAGCCCUCUGCCGUGUCGGCAGCUCCCUGAGCACUCUGCCUCCGCGCUCCCGCUGUCUUUUGGGAUCUCCUCCCGGCUCUUUUUCCCGCGGGAGCCCCGCAGCGCGGCGGAGCGAGCGGAGCAGCCCCGCGGGCGAGGAUGCCCCGGGCGCAGGAGGGCCGGAGCGCCUCGCCACUUGCCUUGUGAGCCCCCAGCCCUGCCGGGGGCUGCCGGCAGCCCGGCGGGGCCGGGCGGCCGUGGGGAUAAAGCUUUUCCAGCCGCUGCUCCGCCGCCUCUGUAGCAGCCCGGGCGGGGCCGCGCUCGCCGGGAGCCGGGCAGCAGCACCGAGAGCGCUCCUCACACGCUGACACAGGGUUAGAGUUGCCUUCACCCCCAGCCUUCACCCUCUGCCCCCGGAGCCAGCGGUGCUGCUGGCCAGCGAGCCCCCCGAGCGCUCGGGGUGUCGGCGGCAGCCCCCCGGCUCACAGUGGCAGUGUGUGCUCCAUCUGUCCCCCUCCUCCGGCUCGUCCCGUGGCCUCGAGGUGAGAGGUGGCACUGAUCACCCUGAUUUCGGGGGUGAGGAGGAGGUCCCCGUCCUCUUUCUGCUUUCCUAGUCUUACUGAUGAUUGUUCUGUAGGGUUAAAAGGAACUUAAUUAUUUUAAUUAUUUAUUAAUUUAAACCGUGUUGAUUUUGAUUUCAGAACAUGUUAAUUAUCCCGGGUUUUCCUUCAUGUGUGUUAUUUAUUUUAAGGGUUUUACAAAGACCUUGAUUUGUUUGUAUCGACAUUCAGUCUUUCAUCCUUUCACUCUCAGCAGCAACACUAAACCCUGAUGAUUUACAACUCUCACCCCCUGUGACAUUUUUACCCGCUCAUAAUUUCACUCACCAAGGGCAAAACCCUUCAGACCUCAUUCUGAUAAUACCUUAGGCUUCACCGAGAGCUUUUCAUAAGUCUUUGGGGAUCUGGCUCUCAGCUAUUUGCCUGUUACAGUGUUUGCCUCCAAAGGUCAAAUGUCUCUGUCUAGGAUGCUUCAUGUCCAAAAUGCUGCUCAGUGAAGGUUGUUCUGUUGUACCUGAGGUAGUCUCUGAAGUUCUGUUACCUAGGGCAGUAGAUGUGUGUUUAUUUGACAGAUGUACCUGUAUGGAACGUGUUGCUUAGUGCACAAUCCAGAUGUUUUUGCAUGUAUUGCAACUUCUGACCCGAGGUUAUUGCUUUGUAUUGUUAGUAAAGCAUACCAGGCCAGCUGUUGUGCCUGUGUGCUAAUAAACAUCCUUUUCUUUCCCGAG